UGUCUGUUCAAGUGCUAAGUAAGUUUACUUAAGGUAGCCUUUGAAUUCAACUAGGGAAGAAACCCUCUUGAAAAUUGGGUGACUAGCAAUUUAGAAAAACACUUACCAUUUCCCUUCUGUCAAAUGGUAAACACCAAAGAAGAGACCAGAAGGAUAAUCAUCCUUAACUGGUCUUUUAUUCACAUGGUGCCAAUCUUCCUUUUGUGCUCAUUCAUUUUCACUUUUAAUCUUUGCUCAGCUAAAGAUACCAUAACCAUUAACAACAACUUACAAGAUGGAGGAGAGGACACUCUCAUUUCAGAAGGAGGAUACUUUGAACUUGGAUUUUUCACUCCUAAUGGAAGCUCUAAUGGCAGAAGAUAUGUAGGAAUAUGGUACCACAAAUUGGCUCCACAAACAGUUGUGUGGGUUGCUAACAGAGAUAAUCCACUUCCAGAUUCUGGGGGUGCUUUUUCCAUUACAGAAGAUGGGAAUCUCAGGGUUUUGGACAGAACUGGGAAAUCCUUCUGGGGAACAAAUCUUGAAAGAACAUCAUCUUCAAAGAACAUGACAGUGAAACUAUUGGACAGUGGGAACCUUAUUGUUAGUGAUGAUAAAGUGAAGAAGAUUCUUUGGCAGAGUUUUGCUAAUCCAACAGAUACAUUUCUUCCAGGCAUGAAAAUGGAUGACAGCAUAACAUUAACUUCAUGGAGAAGCCAUGAUGAUCCAGCACCAGGGAACUUCUCUUUUGAACAAGAUCAAGGAGAGAACCAGUUUGUCAUAUGGAAGAGAUCCAUGAAAUAUUGGAAAAGCAGUGUUUCAGGUAAGUUUGUUGGAACUGGUGAGAUGUCUUCAGCAAUAUCUUACUUGUUGUCCAAUUUCACCUUGAGAAUAUCCCCAAACAACACUAUUCCUUUUCUCACUUCAUCACUAUAUAGCAACACAAGGUUGGUCAUGACUUACUGGGGUCAACUUCAGUAUCUGAAAAUGGAUUCAAUGAAAAUGUGGUUGAUGGUUUGGGUGGAACCCAGAGAUAGAUGCAGUGUGUUCAAUGCCUGUGGAAACUUUGGUAGCUGCAAUAGUAAGUAUGACUCUAUGUGCAAGUGUUUACCUGGGUUCAGGCCUACUUCUGUUGAAAAUUGGAGUGCUGGAGACUUUUCAGGUGGAUGCAGCAGGAAAACUAAUGUGUGUAGCGAGGAUGCGAAGAGUGAUACAUUCUUGAGCUUGAGAAUGAUGAAAGUAGGGAACCCGGAUGCUCAAUUUAACGCGAAGAACGAAGAAGAGUGCAAGUUAGAGUGCCUCAACAAUUGCCAGUGCUAUGCAUAUUCAUAUGAAGAAUAUGAAAAGGCAAGACAGGGUGAUAGCGUUGAUCCUAAUGCAAUUUGCUGGAUUUGGUCUCAGGACUUGAACAAUCUGGAAGAAGAGUAUGAGGGUGGGUGUGACCUGCAUGUUCGCGUGGCAUUUUCUGAUAUAGAAUCCAAUGGGAACACUUGUGGGACUUGUGGCACAAACUUCAUUCCAUAUCCCUUAAGCACAGGACCAAGUUGUGGUGACCCCAAGUACUUCAGUUUUCACUGCAACACUUCCACUGGAGAGCUUGAUUUUAAGACUCCUGGGGGAACCUAUCAAGUGAUAAGCAUAAACCAAGAAACCAAAAGAUUAUUGAUCCACAGAAAAAAUGUACUUAAAUGUGAUAGUUCAAGGGACAAGCUUUUACUUAUCAACCAGUCUUCUCCAUUUCAUCUUACUGGCAAUUGUUAUGCUGAUCCAAGCACCUUUAGUUCUAAUGCUCCCCAGAGCCAUGGUGUAGAAAUAGAACUAAGUUGGGAGCCACCACUAGAGCCAGUUUGCUCUUCAUUGGUGGACUGCAAGGACUGGCCAAAUUCAACUUGCAAUACCACCAGUGAUGGGAAGAAGAGAUGCCAUUGCAAUAAAAACUUUAUUUGGGAUGGCUUGAAUUUAUAUUGUACUCCAGAAGGGGAUAGCUAUCAAACAGAAAGGAAUCUGUCAUCACCUACGAUCAUUUUAGUCACUUUUACUGCUGUUGUUUUCUUAAUCAUUCUCUCAAGUACAUGUAUUUACUUGCGGAGAAGGAGACAAGCCAAGAUACGAGAAAGCAGGUUAUAUGUUCAGAAAAACUCAGGCAUUAAAUUGUAUGGCAGUGAGAGAUAUGUUAGGGACUUGAUUGAAUCUGGUAGGUUACAAGAAGAUGAUGCAAAGGCCAUAGAUAUUCCACAUUUUCAUUUGGAAAGCAUACUUGAUGCAACUAACAACUUUGCUAUUGCAAACAAGCUUGGACAAGGAGGGUUUGGUCCUGUCUACAAGGGUAAAUUUCCUGGAGGACAAGAAAUAGCAGUGAAGAGGCUUUCAAGUUGUUCUGGACAAGGUUUAGAAGAGUUUAAAAAUGAAGUUGUGUUGAUUGCUAGGCUUCAACAUCGAAAUCUAGUUAGGCUUCUGGGUUACUGUGUGGAAGGCGAUGAAAAGAUGCUAGUAUAUGAAUAUAUGCCAAAUAGAAGCUUGGAUGCCUUUAUUUUUGACCCGAAGCAAUGUGUUUUAUUAGACUGGGAUAUGCGGUUCAAGAUUAUUUUGGGGAUUGCUCGAGGGCUUCUUUAUCUACAUGAGGAUUCUAGGUUGAGGAUUAUUCACAGAGACUUGAAAGCAAGCAAUAUUCUACUAGAUGAAGAGAAGAAUCCUAAAAUCUCAGACUUUGGCUUAGCUAGAAUAUUUGGAGGAAAAGAUACAGUAGGAAACACAGAUAGAGUGGUUGGAACCUAUGGGUACAUGUCUCCAGAGUAUGCACUUGAUGGACAUUUUUCAGUGAAGUCUGAUGUGUUUAGCUUUGGUGUGGUGGUACUUGAGAUUAUUAGUGGAAAAAGGAACACUGGAUUUUAUCAACCAGAACAUGAAUUGAGUCUUCUAGGAUAUGCAUGGCAUUUGUGGAAAGUAGGGAGGACAUUGGAUUUCAUUGAUCAAACACUAAGUCAAACAUGCAAAGCAGAAGAAUGCAUGAAAUGUGUGAAUGUGGGGCUGUUGUGCUUACAAGAAGAUCCUAUUGAACGUCCCACCAUGUCAAAUGUGCUUUUCAUGCUGGGGAGUGAAUCUAAUACUCUUCCAUCUCCAAGGGAACCAGCAUUUGUUAUUAGGAGGUGCCCUUCAAGCAGAGCAUCCACUUCCAGCAAAAUGGAAACUUUUUCACGGAAUGACUUGACUGUCACUUUAGAAAAUGGCAGGUAGCUAAUAAUUCUAAAUCGAUGUCAGCAACAUUACUGCAAAAAGGUUCUCUAGGAGUGCUCAAUUGAUGAGUAUUUGGUCUGUUUUGGCAUUGGUCAAAAUAUAGGCAUGUAAUCUUACCCCUCAAGAUUUUUCUUUAUUCUUACAUGUAGCACUCCCACCCAAGAGAUUUCUUUAUUCUUACUUGUUACUUUCUCAUUAUCCAUUCCUCUAAGUGCAUGUUUGGAAAUUUUUUGAAGUUGAUUUUGCAGUCAAAAUUAACUCUAGGGGUAGCUUGAAAUGACCAUUUAGACAACUUCUCGAUGAUAAAGUUGAUUAUGAGGAAAGAGGAACAUGUUGUAAGUAGGGGGUGGCUUGAAAUGACCAUUUAGAACACUUCUCUUCAAUUUUGGAAAUUCGAUAAAUUUUCACACUGAGAGAAUUGAUUCUAGAAGAA